AUGGACGCCUCGCGCAAGGCUUCACACAACCUCUUCGAGGUCUACCUGCGACUGCGCCCGCCGCCCUCGCACAACACCAACCCAGAGCGUAUCCUCAAUGUUGAGGAAGCGGAGCAGGACUCCCAUGCGACGCAUAUCACGUUGAACCCGCCGACGGACCGACGGAGGGCCAUCGAGAAGUUUGCCUUUACUCGGGUGUUUGAAGAGGAAGCGACCCAGCUCGAUGUCUUCCACAGCACCGAAAUCGUGUCGUUUGUUGAGGGCGUGUUGGCUCCUCAGGGAGGAGAGGGAACAGAUGCUGUCGUAGCAACAUUGGGCGUUACCGGGUCGGGCAAGACUCACACGAUCUUGGGCAACAAGACACAGCGAGGCUUGACCCAGCUGACGAUGGAUGUUUUGUUCCGAUCGAUUGGCGAAAACAUGGUCGAUUCCCACUCCGUCUAUGCCGCCCAAGACUCCCUCCAGGCAAGCGACGCCUCCGAGUCGACUCUAACUGUCGCGUCUCACUUCUUCGAUCCUCCAUAUGCCGAAUCUCUCGCGGCGUCAAGGGCAGGCUCACGCGCCGGCACACCUAUGUUUGUACGAACCCAGAACUCGAUCCUUUCUUUUGUAAAGUCCCCAGGUCGCCAAGUCUCGAAGUUAGUGGGAAACAUGCCCGGCGCUAUGAUGUCUCCUCCACCUCGACGAAACGCGGCCCGAACCUCGGCACUCCCUCAGUUACCCGACGUCAGCGGAAUCAACGUGCCUUGCGAUCCAUCGGCCGAGUACGUGAUUGUCAUCUCUAUGUAUGAGGUGCACAACGACCGCAUCUACGAUCUUCUCACUCCCCCUAGCAAGUCCGGCGCCACCAAGGAGCUGCGUCGCCGUCCUUUGCUUUUCAAGUCUACUGAGUUGUCCCCUGACCGCAAGGUUGUUGCUGGGCUGCGAAAGAUCAUUUGCACUACUUAUGCUGAGGCUCUGACUGUUAUUGAGACUGGCCUUCAAGAGCGCCGAGUCGCUGGCACUGGAAGCAACAGCGUCUCGAGCAGAAGCCAUGGCUUCUUUUGUUUCGAGGUCAAGAAGAGGACUCGCAGCAGGAGACCUGGCCCUUGGGAAGGAAACCGGUUCACGAUUGUUGAUUUGGCGGGAAGUGAGCGAGCUCGAGAGGCCAAGACGGCCGGUGCGACGCUUGCAGAGGCUGGCAAGAUCAACGAGAGUUUGAUGUAUCUCGGUCAGUGUCUUCAGACACAGAGUGAGGCUGCAAGCUCAAGCAAGCCCAACAUUGUCCCAUUCAGACAGUGCAAGCUCACCGAGCUCCUCUUCUCCAACUCGUUCCCCUCCUCUUCGACUACCCCUCAUGCUCACGCUCCUCGACGAAACCCUCAGAGGGGUGUCAUGAUCAUCACAGCUGACCCUCGAGGUGACUUCAAUGCCACCUCCCAGAUCCUGCGAUACAGCGCCCUUGCUCGCGAGGUUACGGUGCCACGAAUCCCCUCUAUCACAGCCACUAUCCUGGCUCACCCACCCCCUAAAGCGGCUAACACCCGUUCGCCCAGCCCAGUGCAUCACCAUACCCGGCCAUUCAUGCCUCCUGGUUCGGGUUCGUUUAGAAACUACACCCCUCCCAUGAGCUCCGAUGAGCGUCAGACCAUGGAGAUUGCUGCCCUGGAGAUCGCCCGACUUAGUGAUGAGACCGAUCAGCUGCGGGAAGAGGUCGAUCGCCAGACGGAAGCGCGGAUUUCCGCCGAGGCUCAUCUGCUGAGCAUGGAAGAUCGCAUGCUUGAUAUGGAGGCAUCCAUUCGUGAAGACUGCGCUGCUGAGUUUGAACAGCGCCUCGCCAUGGAGAUGGCACGGUGGAAGGCUUCUAUGGCACUUGAGCAGGAGCGUAAUGAAGAGCACUGGGAUCGCAAGGUCGAGAUCCUCGAGCGUGGUCUUGCUCCUGAUGAUUCCGACUAUGACAAGGAGAAUGUUCUCAUCGAGGAUCUGGAGGAAGAGGUUGAGAGACUUCGCCAUGAGAACGGCAUCCUGAAGCGUGAGCUCGCCUCGCGCAGCCCCAGCAAGCGGAGACCCCUCGGAGAACGCGAGGACUUUGCACCAGCCGCAAAGACAUCCAAGACCGAUGGUGUCUCCAACCUCGGACGCAAGCUGGAGCGCAUGCGCGUUAGCAACGACACUUCGCGCCCAGCAGCCGUCGCGAACGGCAGCCCCACCAAGAAGGUUCGCAAGCUGGGGGCGAAGCGGUGGGAGGACCACGAUGAGCUGGAGUAG